AAAUAGAAAGAAAAAUCCUUAGCAAAACUAGGAAGCGGUUUUCAGGAACUAAUGUGUAGUAAUAAUGAUACUGACAAUCAACAUUAUUCUAAUGUUUUUCUUUGUCAUAUACCAGAAAUGGGUUCACCUGGACUACACCAAGAUAUGAAUGAUAUGAGAUUGUGUGAGAAGAUAGCAAGAACUCUGUUUGGUCGUGGAGGUGGCCUUCAAAGAGUUGUUCUGGCUGGGGAAGCUGGAACCGGGAAGACAUGGUUGGCAAAGAUGGUAAGCGAGCAUGCAACUAAGGAAGGCAUGUGCUACUUCACCCUCUGGUUGCAUCUCAACAAGAGGUUUGACGAUGUAAUGUCGCUUUAUGAGAACAUAGCUUUCCAACUUGAAGUGUAUGAUAGAGAUGAGAUGGAGGGGAAGCAAGCGGAGGACUUGUUAACUGCUUUACAGGAGAAAAUAAGUGCAGUGCUCAGAACAAAGAAGAGAUCAUUGAUACACACUUCAUCUGCUGUAAGGGUGCCGUAUCUUCUACUGAUACUUGAUGAUGAAGGGUACAAGACCAGUGAAGAUACUGUGAUGAAGGAUUUGGGCCUUGAGAGCUUUUUCAAUAAACAAAACUUAGAUCUAAAACUACUUAUUACAAGAAGGCAAAGAGAUGAGAACACUACACGGUCUGAAAUUGAGUUCCAUGCCACAGAUGAGUCACACGCUAUACUUGAAACCCUUACUCAUCAGAAUUUGCAGGAUUUGUUUGAGUCCCUUAUCAAGGAUGAGGCAAGGGGUUUGUUUGAGUCCCUUGAGAGAGCUUGGAAGAUGGAUGAGCCAUUGAUACCUCACGUGCUGCAGAAAAGUAAUAAUUUGCCCGCUGCAAUUGCCAUGCUUUCCAAGUCGUUAAAGUGCAUUACUCAUCAGAAAAAUUUCAAGACUCUUUCUCCAAAACAAGAGAAGGUUUUAAAAGAAAUUUUGUUUCCCUCCGCGCUAGCCCUUUCAGAUUAUGGUUCGAAGAGCACUGUCGAAUCAUAUCGAUACAAUCCCAUUCUGCAUCUUGCUUAUCAGCUGCUGGAAACCGAUGAUACAUUGAAGAAUGCCAUCGUUGAUUGUUUUUGGCAUAGCUUGGACCUUUUUAAGCAUUGCGGCUGUAUUAACUACAAUGAACUGAUUACACAGUGGAUACUUGAAGGCUACUUUGAUCCCGUUCGAUCUGUUAAGAAGGCUUAUAAGGAUGGUCAUGAUAUCUUGUUGGAGCUUAUAAAGCGCGGUAUGCUGAAGAUACAAGAGGGAGAUUUUGUUGUACCAGAGGUGGCAAUGAACCAAUUAACUGAUCUCCGGCAUCAUGGGUUCUUAGGCAGAUCACGGCUCCGAUUUGCUUCGGUUUAUGGUGGUGACAAAAACAAAAGUCUAGGGAAAGUAACCCAGAUAGAUGAUAUGAUAAAAGCAGUACAAGCAAAUAAAAGAGAGAAUAUUUUAACAAUACUGGUAAGUGGAAACCGUCUGCGUCGAGAAACUCCUAAGGAGUACUUUGAGCAGCCACAGAUGAAAGAUCUUGAAAUACUUGGUCUUUUUAGUCCCACAAUGGAAUACCUUAUCCGGUCUUUAAGAGAGCUCAGGAAACUCCGAGUUCUUGUGAUCAGGGACUAUGAUCUACUGCAAAGCAUGGAGGACCUUAAGGAUCUACGAAGACUAGAGGUUCUUGAAGUUUCUGGCGCUAGCUCUGUGGAAACUAUCUCUGAUGACUUCUUCGCCGCAAUGUCCGAACUCCAAAGUCUUAACCUCUCUGGACUUCGGAUCAAAUCUUCACCUUCCAGCAUUUCUCAACUGAAAUACCUCCACAGUCUCAUUCUUAGGGACUGUCUUGUAUUGGAAGAUUUGCCAGACAUGCAGUAUUUAGAUAGGCUCGAGGUUCUCGAUGUCCGUGGUGCAUGCAAGCUAAGAACUUGCUUUGGCAUGAAAGGAAAGACAAGCAGAAACCGAACAUUCUCUCGUCUUCAACAGCUUCAGCUCCUUGAUUUUUCAGAGAGCAAACUAAAACGUCUGCCAAUAUUUCAUAACCCAGCGGCAGCUGCCAAUCUUCACUCACUAACGCGGCUCUCAUUACGCAAAUGUAGCAAUUUAGUAAAAUUGCCCAAUCUUAGACCCUUAUCGGGUCUCCAAAUUCUCGAUCUUUCUUGUGGUACCAGCUUAGUGGAAGUUGCGGCAGUAUGCUUCGAGCAGAAAGAAGAACUCAAAAUGCUUAAUUUUUCAGGCACGAAGUUGACCAAAUUACCUUCCACCAUCUCUGGGCUAUAUAGCCUUCGUCAGCUCCUCUUAAGGGACAAUUCCAGCCUAGAAGCUCUCCCAAACAUCAAGGGACUCAUAAGCCUCGAAGUCUUUGAUGUUUCUGGGUGCACUAGCUUGCAUAAAAUUGAGGGAUCCUUUGAGGAGAUGUCGUACCUGCGUGAAGUUAAUCUAUCUGGCACCAGAAUAGAAACCUUACCAGAGUUGCCAGUGAAGCACAGUCUAUGUUGCCCAAAGCUCGUUGUUCUGGCAGAUUCAAGAAGUUUGAUACGAGAUAAUUGGAGCCAAGUAAAGGAAGCCAUAACAAAAGAGAUAUCUGAGAGUCUUAGCUCUCCUGGUACAGUCAAUAGAAUCCGAGAAAUCUCAAAAAGGGAGUCAGGAAGAUUGAGGGAGAAACAAUUGCAUGAAGCUUGGGCCUUUGAUGGUCCUGCAACGAAAGGUGACCACAGGGAACAUUUUUACAAAGGUCGUAUAUACAAGCUUAUCUAUAUGAAUGCUGUACCAUUUUUCGAUACUGAAAGUCAUCAGAAAGUUCUAGAGAUCCAAGGAUCACAUGGCAUAGAUCAAGACAAGGAAACCUUAGCUAAAGCUGAGUUUGUGGCUUUUGUGGACAAAAGCACCGAAAGUCUCUCAUCUAUCUUCAAUGAUUUGAAAUCAGUGAGAAGUUGUUGGCUGGAGAUGUGCGGGGACAUACACAAACUUUUCUCUGGUGUAGAUGAGGAACGUCUGAGAAACCUGGAGACUAUGUCCAUAAAGAAUUUUCGGUUGAUGGAUAGUAUAUGCAGUAGCAGCUUCAAGAAUCUGAAGAAACUAAGCUUAGAUUGUUGCCCAAGCAUUAAAACGCUUUUCCCUGCAUUCGAGCCGCCCACCAGCCUAGAAGUCCUGAAAAUAAAGUUUUGUGACAAGCUGGAGAAAGUGUUUGAAAAACAAGUUGAAGUGCGGAACCUGCACACACUGUGUCUUCUUGAGUUGCCUAUGCUAUCAGUUAUUGGUGCUACACUGCCUAAUCUGGAGAUUUACAAAAAAGACAAAUGCCCAAAGCUGAAUACUUCAGAGGAAAAUCUCAUAAGCAGAAGGAAAAUGGUGGAAGUGAUUCCCAAACAAAUCAAAGAUGUUUGGGAUAGCUGGAAUAUCAGGGGAAUGAUCAUCCUCAGUCUCUCGCUUCAGACAAUUCUCAUUUUCUUGUCCCCCUCGAGGAAACGAACAUCCAACAAGUUCCUGAUCCUGCUAGUGUGGUCCUCGUAUCUCUUGGCAGAUUUGUCAGCAAAUUUUGCGGUCUCAUUGAUUGCCAAGAACCAAGGUAAAGCCCCUAAACCCAAUGAUCCUCCUCAAAACAAGAAGCUCCUCGCCUUGUGGGCACCUUUCUUGCUUUUACACCUAGGUGGACCAGACACCAUCACUGCGUUUUCCCUCGAAGACAAUGCUCUUUGGAACAGACAUUUUCUUGGGCUUGUCUUUCAGGCACUUGCAGGUGUAUAUGUGGUUGUCCAGUCUCUACCCAAUGUGCUUUGGGUGAUGAUACUGUUGCUGUUCAUUUCUGGGACUUCUAAGUAUCUGGAAAGGACAAUUGCGUUGUACCUCGCGAGUUCAGACAAGUUCAGGGGCUCGAUGUUGCAGGCGUCCAAUCUAGGGUUUGACAACAACGAGCAAACAAAGAACCUAGAUACGGACUCUAUAAUUGCGUCUGAGAUGUACAUUAAGGAGAACCGCCGACAGCCGAAACCUCUGAAACUCAUGUUUCCCGAUAGAGGCUUGACCGACCUUGAAAUUCUUCAAUAUGCUUUCUUAUUUUUCAACAACUUCAAGAGUCUUAUGGUCAAUAACAUCUUCAGCUCGGAGCUGCGUGAUGAAAGCAAAGCAUUCUUUAGCUCAUUAUGUCUACAUGAUGAAGAAGCUGAAGCUCUAAGGAUUAUAGAGGCUGAGCUUGAUUUUAUCUAUGAAGGCCUAUACACAAAAGGUGCGGUUCUUCAUAGUUGGCUUGGACUUGUGUCCCGUCUUAUAUCAUUGGGAUCUCUUCUGUCAGCCUUCGGCAUCUUCCAUUAUAGACACAACAAGAUCAAAGAAUUUCAAAAAGGCGACAUUGUGAUCACCUAUACGUUGUUCUUAGGCGGCAUAGCUCUGGAUGUUAUAUCCAUCCACGUGUUCAUGGUUUCCGACUGGACAACAGCCAUCCUUGCAAAGCUUAAGGAUGACCCCGACGAGAUGUAUUCAAGAAAAGACAUUAUACUCAAUUGGAUGUUUUCUUUGAAGAGGCCAAAGUGGAAGAGGCAAACAUGUCGUGCUGGACAUCAGCAGGAGGCGCUUAACACACCGUUUCGACUCAGAAGAUGGAACGAAAGUACCAAAAUGUUAAACUUCAUCACAUACUCCAUGAAUGUAGAUACAGAAAAGAUCCACAACCCAGCGGGUAGAACAUGCAGGCAAUUAUGGAAGACAGGUGUUUUCCCGUUCAGUUACGCUAUCUCCAUCAUCCACACUUGGUUUGGACACAUCACCAGAUGGUUUCGUGAGCUUCAUCAGAAUAUUCUCCCCCAUGUGAUCAUUCUACCACCAGGAGAAAAUCAGGUGGCUCGUUUUGUUAUCGCCACCUUCAAGACCCUUGUUGAAUUUUGGUACCAUGUACCUUACUUUUUUGCGUUUCUUGGCACCCGCUUCAUCAACUUCCUGGGUAUCAAAGAUCUCCUCCAUGAAAUAAGACUGGUAAGAUCUGUACACAAUGAACCCUUGACAAAAAACCUGUGGUCUUUCAUAAUUUUGGAGCUGAAAAUCAAAUCCCAGAAUCUAUACAGCCUGGAGAAUACCAAAACAAAAUCCACGGCCAGGAGAGGUUGGGCAUCAAGCGAUACCCAGAUUCAAAUAGCAGAUAGUGAAAUGCUAUUGCAUUACAUCAGAGAUGUUGAUUAUGACCAUAGUCUUUUGAUUUGGCACAUUGCCACCGAACUCUGUUACCAAGAAGAAGCUUCCACCAAUGAGAACUGCGAUAAAUAUGAAUAUCAUACUGACCGUGAGAUCAGCAAAAUCCUCUCGGACUACAUGAUGUAUCUCUUGAGCAUGCAGCCCAAGCUGAUGUCAGAGGUAGCUGGCAUAGGAAAGAUCAGAUUCAGAGACACAUUGGCCGAAGCUGAGAGGUUUUACAAGAAAAUGGGUAUCAUAAACUCUAGGAGCGUGAAAUUAGCCAGUGAGAAAAUUCUUUCAGUCGAUACCAGCAUCGAACCAAGAGAUGUAAAAGGAAAUCAUAGCAAAUCAGUUUUAUUUGAAGCAACUUCAGUGGCCAAAGAACUUAUGAAACUGGAGAAGGAUUUUGGUAAAGACAAAUGGAAGACACUUAGCAAGGUGUGGUUGGAGUUCCUCUUCCACGCAGCAUCCCAUUGUGACGGUACAACGCGUUUGGAGCUUCUUAGCAAAGGUGGGGAGUUCAUCAACUUCCUUGAUGGGAACUACAAACAGUGUAGUUUAGUAGAAAGACUGAAAGACAAAACGAAGAGUCAAGUUCCUAAGUCCAUUACUUGCAUCAACCGCUUGGAGAUAUCGCGUAUAGCACCAUUACACGCAACUAUGAAUAGCCCGAGAGGUUUUGGACCUCCUCCUAAGAAAACCAAGAAGUCGAAAAAGCCGAAACCCGGUAACCAAAGUGACGAAGAGGACGACGAUGAAGAGGAAGAUGAUGAUGAUGAAGAUGAACGUGAGAGAGGUGUGAUUCCAGAGAUAGUGACCAACAGAAUGAUAAGCAGAAUGGGAUUCACUGUGGGUUUACCAUUGUUCAUUGGUCUUUUGUUCUUCCCAUUCUUUUACUAUCUCAAGGUGGGAUUGAAAGUUGAUGUUCCUACAUGGGUUCCGUUUAUUGUUUCGUUUGUCUUCUUCGGUACGGCUUUAGCUGGUGUGAGCUAUGGGAUCGUGUCUUCGAGCUGGGAUCCGUUGAGAGAAGGAUCGUUGUUAGGCUGGAACGAAGCUAAGAAGAACUGGCCUGUCUUUUGGCAGUCUUUUUGGAAUUCCUCAGACAAGAGAUAGACUAAGCAAUGAAAGCUCCUUUGCUCUCGUCUUUGAGAUUGAUUAUACAACAGUCUCAUGUAAAUUUUGCUGAGAAUUUACUUUGGAAAUUUUCUAUCGAUGGGUUUAUGCAUAUCUCUACAAAAAUUUUCUUUAGCUCCAAAAUCAAUUGGGAAGUACCCA